GCAGAUAGCAGAAGCUACAAGUCAUUGAUUUGAGUCGGGUGUGCUUUCAUUUUACACGUUUACCAAUUCCACGUAUUCCAAGUGGUGUGUAAUUUCCUCGGUAUCCAGAAAGUAAAGGUACGGUACAAUUUAAAGAUAUUUUCACUUCUGUUUUAAUUAUUUUUAUCAUCUGGAAUAAAAGAAGAGAGAGAAAAAAAAGGAAAAAAAACACGGAAUAUUGUUGCUUUAGUUAAUAGCAUGCAUGCAGGCGCGGAUCCAUGAUCUUGUAAAAGAGGGGAAGAUUUUCUGACGAGCAAAUAAUUUUUUUUUUAAAGCAAAGGGGAUGGAGCACAUUCUUAGACUUUCGUAUUAAAUAUCUACUACUUAGGUUUCAAACGGGGGUACGGGCCGGCUGUGCCCCCAUCCCCCUUAAAUCCGCCUGUGAUGGCAUGUGUCCUCGAUUCGUGAUCAUGGACUUCUGGUAUUGUAAUCCUCUUUCUUAUCAUCCAUUCCGAAGGUUACGAAAGAUCCCUUCAUGUGCAAACUUUUAAAUAAACUUUAAGUUUCAAUUAUAAGCUUCCAACAAAUACUUUAUAAUCAUUUGCUUACGAACCUUUUCGGGGUUUAUGCAUACGAAUUGUACGAUUAUUUCAUAAUGGAUUUCAGUUGAACUAAUUAUCUUCAAAAUAAGUAUUGCACUCGUAGUGAAUGUCAUAUAGCUAAAUCAUUGUCUCUCUAAUGAAUACAUCACAAAUCAUUAUCAAUUAUAUUCUACUAAUAUUGGUCAACUAAAUCAAAUGGAGGAUGUUAUCUUUCUGUCACUUUACAGACGAAUAAAGGACAUCAUGCAUUUCAAACACCAUUCAUCUCUUUUCCCAUCAUUGGUCAUGGCUUUUCUCUUGCCCUUGACGCUUCAAGCCUUCCAAGGCGACUCGAUGGAGAUUGUAUCCUCAGGAUUACAUACAGGAAGUGUUCGUCGGGGAUGCUACCAAAACGUAGAGCAAAGAAAAGCUUACUGCAGUAACAAUGGUCUGGAUUCGGUUCCUCAAAAUCUUGCAGGAGACACUAAGGAACUUGAUCUGUCUGGAAACAACAUCACUGUCCUCCAGAAUUUUUCGUUUGAGAGAUACCCCCUGAUCACUUUCUUGAAUCUUUCAGCUAACGACAUCAGAGUGAUAGAACCCACCGCUUUCCACCCUCUCAAGAAGUUGGUGAAAUUGUUAAUAAAUUACAAUAACAAUCUUGUGCUCCCAGUGACAGGCUUAUUCAGAUGGGCCAGUAAGCUGACCUACCUGGGCCUAUCGGGAUCAAACUUGAAAUCCCUUCCCAACGACACCCUAAUAUGGAAUCAACACAUAGACUACCUGGAUUUAAAUUCCAACCACCUCACUUUCAUCAAUAUUAGCACUUGUGGCUCAGUAAGAUAUGCUGGCUUCUUUAGAAAUCACAUUGAACAGCUCACAAAGGAAACUUUCACCUAUGCGUGUCAAACUGAUUAUCUGAACCUUGGUGCAAACCCAAUCAAGUUGAUUGAUCCCAUUGCAAUUGCUGCACUACAUACCCGCUCACUUGUGCUAGGUGGCGGAGGCCACUUUUGGACACCCAAGAUGCUGAGAAACCUAACAACCGGAAUCUCUCGUUCGCAGAUCAAGAGGCUUAAAGUCUCUGCUGUUGAUUUAAGUCCUUUCCCUCAAGAUUUCUUUACUCCAUUGCGAGAUUAUUCCUUCACUCUUCUUGAUUUAACCUUUUAUAAUGUGAAUGCCCUCUAUCCAUUCGUCUUCUCGAAUCUGACGCUGCUCGAUCAACUUAAUCUCAGUAUUAACCAAAUAGCUACAAUCGAACCGAACUUUUUUGACGGCAUGCAGGCGUUGAAAGUGUUGAAAUUAGAUCAAAAUGUGGUAAGGAGUAUAAAUACUGGUAAUCAUAAUUGGACAAUCAAGCUCACUGAGUUGUAUUUAUCAGGGAAUUCAUUGACAUAUAUUUCGAAAUUUGCAUUUCUUGGUUUGCAAAAUUUAACCCUUUUAGACUUAAGCUCUAACAAACGACUUAAUCAGAUUUAUUUGACAUCCUUUACAGGACUAAAUAACAUUCACACCAUUGAUUUGUCAAGAUGCAGUAUCGUAAGUUUUGUGUUGUACAGUCCGAUUUUAAAGUCGCUGCGUAUGGAAGAAAACAAAAACGGUAUGAUAGGUAUAGGUCCUUUUCACCCUGGGGGAUCCUUCAGAUACUCAUCGAAUCUUGUUUAUUUGGAUAUACAAGAGUCACAAGUUUCGUCAACUGAUCUGUGGGAUACAAAGACAAAUGUUUCUCUUUUCGAAGGACUGUUCAAUCUCACGACAUUGGAUUUGAGUAAGAAUCCGAAAAUUGGCCAACUCCGCCUGGGUAAUGGGAUCUUCCAUCACCUCUCUGCUCUACAGGAGCUCAGUUUAGAUGCCUGCGCUAUUUCAAACCUUCACCCUCUUGUGUUUACAGGUUUGGAAUCACUUCAGAAGCUGAAACUAUCAGGUAAUAACCUUAAGCAGAUUCGUUUUGGUUUACUCACAGGGUUAGGGCAAAUACGAAGCAUUAAACUUGAUGGAAACAUUCUAGGACACCUUGAUGAAGGAACGUUCUUGAACAACUCAAGGCUUACAAGCCUUUCAUUGGCAAACAACAAGCUAACGGUUCUAAACGAGAGCACAUUUAGACCAAUCUAUUCUUCUCUUUCACUAAUAGAUCUUUCAAAGAACCCACUUUUUUGUACAUGUGAUCUCGAGUGGCUUCUAGAUUGGCUGAAUCAGAAUAGAACAGUACGCCUUGUCAAUGAGAAUCAGACUCUCUGUGCACCAUCAUCAUUGGCUUCUCUCCGUGAGAAACCUUUACUUAAUUUUAAUCCCUCUGAACUAUGUCGGUUCAACUAUGCCAUCUUCAGUUUAAUUCCAAUUGUCAUCGUAUCAUUGGUUGUGUUCCUCGUGCUCGUCUAUUACAAGCGAUGGAAGCUAAAGUACAAACUCUUCCUCCUAAAAUUGGCGGUCAUUGGGUACAGGGAGAGGCUAGACGCGCGCAACCAUAACGACUAUGAGUUCGACGUAAAUAUCAUCUCCUAUGACGAUGACGAAGAAUGGAUUCGCGAAAAUCUGAGACCAACUCUGGAAGACCAGCUACCGCAGUUUCAAAGGAACAUCUUUGGUGACGCAGACCUCAUACCGGGUAUGUACUACUUGGAUGCCGUUGACUACGUGGUGAGCCGGAGUUACAAGACCAUCAUUCUACUCAGCAGAGCCGCCGUACGUGAUCGCUGGUUCAUGCUCAAGUUUCGUACGGCCAUGGAUCACGUGAGUGAUACCCAGACCGAAUUUGUAGUCGUUGUCUUCCUCGAAGACAUCCCAGAUGAUGACAUACCUUUCUUGGCGAGGUUGUUCCUCAGUGACGGCAGACCUUACCUCCACUGGACAGAGGAUGUGAGAGGUCAAGAAUAUUUCUGGAAGGCAUUGGCAAAGAAUCUGACCAUCAACCUAAGGACCAACGAUCUGAUCCCAAAUGAAUAGAACCAGUAUGGAAACACUUGUCGAAAUAAAUGCAAUGUAAAAAUGAAAUGAGAAUAAGGGUUGCGUAGCUUAAAUCCCGGUUCGAUUCCCAGGCAGAUAAUUUUGUUCAACCUUUGCAAAUAUUUCAAAAUGGAGGACAGCAAUAGGGGUGCUAAAGCUACUCAACCAUUAUUCCCUCAUUUUCAUUCGCAAUAUGUAUAUACACUGUAUAGUC